GGUACCUUUCGGUGGAACCAAUACCAGUGCGACCGUUCGCUACAUUUCAAUUUUCUGGCUGGUCUGCGGCUAACUUCGUUUCGCUAUCAAAAUUGGUCUUCGAAAUCUCGUCGUACUGCGCGAGCCAAGAAAACAGCAGCGACUGGCGGAAUUGCUUAGGACGAGCAGAAACUGAUCCGCCUGGAAUCUCCUAGCCCGGGUCGUUGCAGCAACCUCACGAGAAACAGGAGAGAAUCUGGACAAUUUGUGAGCCGUACCCACGCCGCCACACCACACAUACUCGAGGAUGGCUUCGUCAGGAGUUGUUGUUCCACGAAACUUUCGCCUACUUGAAGAGCUCGAAGCAGGACAGAAGGGCGUAGGAGACGGUACCAUAUCGUGGGGUCUCGAGAAUGACGAUGACAUGACCCUUACUCACUGGACUGGCAUGAUCAUUGGCCCACCCAGGACUCCAUAUGAAAACAGAAUGUACUCACUGAAAGUUGAAUGCGGCGAGCGUUAUCCGGACGAGCCGCCGACGUUGAAAUUUCUUUCCAAAAUCAACAUCAACUGCAUCAACAGUCAGAAUGGUGUGGUCGAUCACAGGAUGGUUCCAGUGCUGAGCAGAUGGAACCGUGAUUACACGAUUAAGACAAUUUUACAAGAAAUACGUAGGAUUAUGACGCUAAAGGAAAAUCUUAAGUUAACACAGCCUCCAGAGGGUAGUUGCUUCUAGUGCUCUUAAUUCAAAUCUUCGAAAUCCCGAACACUAUUUCUCUCUUCUCUCUCACUCUGCCUGUGCCUCUCGCGUGUGGGUGCAAGUGAGAGAGGAAGAAAGCGAGAAACUAUUGCAAGUGGAAAGUUGUAACAGUGAGGAGAUAAUAAAGAGGAAGAUGCAAAAGCUGAAAGAGAAGUAAGAAUCGCAGUAAGUUAUAAAUCAACCAACACUGAUGAAGAUGAUGAUAAUGAUGAGGAGGAGUGUGAUGUGCGAAUGGUCAGAUCAGAGGUCCGAUGUGGUAAAUCGCAUUAUAUUAACAAAACUUAUACGCAAACCAAUAACGAGAGGUUGAUGCGCAUGUAAAAGAUACUAAAAACAGGACGCAUGCUAAAAUGGGAAAGAAAAUUGAAUUGUAACCACCGCUUUAUGGGAGCGAUCAGUGCGAGCAGGUAGCAAAUGCAAAUAAUAACUGAACAAUAGGUAACAUCUCUCCCUAUCCCUCCUCCCCGCCCCUGUACUGAACAACAAAACGCAGUAAAAAUGGUUAAAAUGUAGCAAACAAACAGAAAAAAAAACACGUAAGCACGGAUGCAAAACACCCCUAUAGCUCGUCCGGAAAGAGCGAGCACCACAUUGAAGAGCAACCGAGGAAAUAAACUUCCUUUUCGGAAAGGCAAACAACCAUCAAUUAUUAACGUUCCACCUUCCUGUCACACAAUAUUUAUCUCUCUUUUUAUCUCUCCCUCCAGUGCUGUGGCCAGUUCUUUACUAUCAAAUGAUGUCCCAGCUACUAGUUACUAUCACCCAGCAAUCCUAGCGACCGCUACUCAUCCGAUCCGAUCAAGCAAGGAAAUCCUUUCAAUCCUUUUCAUUUGCCCCUUACGCGUUGAUUGUGUGAUCUUAUUGGUAGGGAUCAAAUGACCUGCUUGAAAGGUGUGUUAGUCAUUAGUGGAUCGAAAUCCGGUACGACAUUGAAUCGAGAUCCUAAUUGUGAUUACCAACAGACCCGGGAGAGGGCGGCUUUUAGAAGAAAGUAAGCAAUCGCUUUAGCCCGAGGUGUGUACAUGGUUAACCUGUGUCGCAUCAACCAAAAUUACGUUGAAGCGUUUUUAUGAGAAACCAAACGCAGAAGCUCUUAGUUGGAUCAAAAGACGUUUUUUGUUUCGUUUUUUAGCAAUUGGUUCCGAUUAUUGCACUUAAAAAAUAGCAGAAAAUUACUUCGAUCAAGGCCACCAGACAACCUUGUGCAGACAAGCGGGGGUUAAGGAAAGAAAUAAGCAAAUGACGACGCCAACUUGAUGACGAGAUUCAAAUGUUGUAUGUGCAAAGGCAAAAUAAACCAUUUCCUUAACCACCACGUGUAGCUUCUAUAUAUAAAAGGGGAAUCCAGCUUCCAGUAGCUCUGUUAUGCUUUAAAUAAUUACACCGGGUUUUGCACAGUGAUUUGACUUACGCAAUAUCCCCUAGUGCGGUUCAUAUAUGUUUUGCUCCAUCGUGGUUAUUGUUUUUAUCGUCCAAAAUCGACACACACACACACCGCUGGAACGCGAGAGAAAGGAAAGGUAGCUGAACUGUGUAGCGUUCUGGUAAAGAGAACGAUCAUUCCUAUUUUAUACUGCGUAGAGUGUCCCUACAAAAUUAACGAAGAGUCAUGCAUGUGGUGUAGAAAUUGCGAUGGUUUAGUUAACCGAUUCGACCAAGCAACUAAUGCGCAUCCGCUUUUGAUAAAGAAAGCUCAUUAGAUCAGCAGAAAGCAACACAACACAGUAGGCUCUGUAUUGCAAAGGCAGGAUUAGGACAACGGGAUAUGAUCUACAGAAAGGGAAAAGACACGGAAGGAUAACAAACACGGUUUUUUUCAAGAGUUAAAGAAAUGGAAAUAAUAAUAACAACAACAAUAAACAAUCUAAUAAGCCAGAAGAUAAACAACAAACAUUAAAAAAAUUCAAUAAUGAAUAACUAGAAGAAAAAGAGAGUCAACAAUCUCAUGGCAAUGGAUGAAUGAGGAAAACAGAGCAAAGUGGUGAAGUAACUUCAAGCACAUACACCCACUCACACACUGAUCGCAGUUACCCAUUAGAAGCUAAUGCAAAACCACCCACAGGAGCAUCGAUAAAAUAUCGGUAAUGGUGUAUAGCAGUUCAUCGACUGGCUUUUGGAACGGGACCGAAAAACGUAUGCAAAUUGACCAUCGAUCUGCAGUAAAGGAAAAAACCAAUCCAAUUUGCAAAUACACCUUUCCGUUUGGCAAUGUCGUUUUCCGACAGAUUUUCCGUGAGAAAGGGAGAAGGUUUACCAUGUGGCAGGUUAUGGCACCUCCGCUGUGGUCUCUUUGCAAGACACUAACCGGCCCCGCUCACUCCCGGGUACUGCAGUACCAACGACCAUUUUUUCCGUUUCAUUAAAACUUACCUUCAAUAUCGCGAGCGCUUUAAGAGAGGGAGAGAGAACAGGAUAAAAAGGAAGCAGCAUACCGUGUCGUACAUAUGUCGUAGAGGAGGUCGGUGGAGCAGAAAGGAGCAAAAUGUGAUGUUAACCCGAAAACAAACGAAAGGUAAAUAAAUUUAUCUUAGCUUCACAACACGUG